GGUUAAGGUCUCAAGGCCGACGAGCAUCGUAGCUCAGGAAUUGAAUUCAAUUUCUUUGGUUCCAGUUACAAAUUGGGAGGAGAUGAAGAAAGGAGUGCAUCCACAGAAGCAAUGGAUAUCUUAUGUUACUCAAACGGGUAGGUUGAUGCAUGUGAUGAUGACAAAGAUACACCCUGUUGGGAAAGUUUACCACUUCCGGGCUAAGCGUCAAAUGGCUGAGAGUUUAGGACAGAUUGCCAAGUUCAGACGUCGUUUCGGGCUAGAAAAUCAAAGCGGCAAUGAAAAAUGACUUAUCCAACGACUAGAGGGAACUUUGGUUUUGUAUUUCAUGCAGCUUGGUGGAAAAUAACAAGGGAAUCAAUGAUACUCUGAAGCAGGUUAUUUUUUUUGUAGAAUUCAACAUAUAUCUAGUUAAAAUGCAGAAAUGUUUCCUUAUCCAAUUCAUAGUAAGUGACGUCUUUAGCAGUUUAAAUUUGCUUGUGGGUUUUCUCAAUGCAAGUUCAAGUUGGGGUUCUUUGUUGGCACUUUUGGAUGUUACAGAGAGAAAAAUUGAUGUUGGGGACAAGGACACACUGACAUUGAAGGAUCAAAUUAUUACUUUUAAUUGAAUAAUCAUAUGGAGUGAUUGUUUGGUCCAGUAGCAUAAAUUUUGUCUGAAACGGGUGCCACCAUGAAUAUGCCCUUUGAACUUGUUCGUAUGUUUUUGUGUGUGAUUGGCUCUGUGUCUUCGGCACUAUUGUCUGUUCAUAUGUUUUAGAAGUUCAAGAACAUAAUUAUACUACAACGCUUAUACAGCUGUUUGUUUUACUUGGAAACACUAUUAUAUCCCAUAAUUGAGAUGUGAGAAAAGUAUAAAAUUUGUGUCAUUUAUAGCACUGGAUUAGCUUUCCAGCAGCAGGAUGUCUACUAUCCAGUCAAAUUCAACAUAUACACCCAAAAAAGAAAACACAUUAUCAUCAAUACUUAUUCUCUUGUUAUACUUAAUACUUCUUAUUUACCUUGUCACUCAAAACUUCUUAUUCAUUCUGAAUCAAGACUUGAGCAGACCAUGCAGCUUCUGAACCAAAUCAUCCACAUAAGAGUUCUCCAAACCCUUACUGAACAAGAACUCCCUCCAUUUGGCAUGAUUGUUUCUCACCAUUUGACCUACUUCACUAUCGUUGUCCAUUACGUCUCUCACUACCUUGCACACAGCUUUUCUGUUAAAUAGUCCAUUUUCACUUUUCUCAACCUCUGCUCCGACUUUCAAGUCUCCGCUCAUUAUUCUUGCAUUAAUGAACUGAUCUCCUGCGUGGGGCAGCAGUACCAACUGACACUCAUUUAUCAUCGCCUCUGUUAAUGACCCAGAUCCACAAUGAGUGACAAAACAACCCACCGAUGGGUGGCUCAAGAUCAAUUGCUGCUGAACCCAAUCUCCAUGAACCACCCCUCUUCCCUUUGUUCUCUCACUAAAUCCUUCAGGCAAAGCUGAAUUCAUUGUUUCAGCUUCAAUUGGGGGUUUCAAGGCAGCUAGAAAAGGCAUUCCUGUAAGUUCAAAACCCAAUAACAGUUCCAUGAAUUGAUUACUCUUUAAAUUGCAUUCGCUUCCAAAGGCACAGAAAAUCACUGUUUUGGGUUUGAAACUCCCUAGCCAAGUCACCCAUUUUUCUUCUAAAAUCGAGGUUGGUGUGUCUGGCAAAACUGGUCCUGCCAAAAGCACUUGCUUUCUCAUUUGACUUUCAAGAUAAUCACAAUAAGGGCCUUCCAUUUCUCGGCAAGUUUUGAAAAUGAUAGCAUCACAGCGGGUGAAAGAGAUCAAUUGACGCUCCAUAAAUGAAAUGCCUUUGCCAUAAUCCUUUACAGUGGCAGUGGCUAACUCUCUUGCUUCAUGAGGUUGUAGCCUGAUGGCUGAUGGUGGAAAGCUUGGUGGAGGGUUUGUCAGAUCAGCUUCUGUUAAUGACUUUUCAUGGAGUUUUCUUUCUGGGCUUAUCAGAUACCCCACAGUGGCAGGACUUAUUGUGCAGUAAUGCAAAGCCUUAAUUCCUAACCUGCACGCCAUUGCAGGUAACCAAUAUGUGAAAUCAAAGAAGACCAUAUGGGGUCUGAGAUCUCUUAGAGAAACUUCAAUGACAGGUUCAGUGAGGUCCAUUGCAGUCAUGAGAAGGGAAUGCAGUGAGAAAGGGAGGUCUGCAGUCGUUUCAGAGCCGAGAGGGAGACCAUUGACAUGUGGUACAGUGAUUGGAAUGAAGUAGAUGAGAUUUGGAUGGUGAUUGAAAUGACUCAAUUUUGGUAUAGUAUUUCUAGGCAUGAGAAAGGAAAUUUUGUGGCCACGUUCUGCAAGUUUGUUGGAGAUGUGUAGGUAUGAGGUAAGAUGACCCAAGGCAAACCAUGGAUACAUUGCAACAUGAUAGGUGUUGGCAUCCAUGGUUGAUAAAAUGGAAUUAAGGUUAUGCAAACGAUCUCAAAUCACCAGAAUGUGAUAUAGUUAACUGGGAAAGAGCCCAAAGGGUGUGCAUUGCAUUAGUAAUUCUUUGAAAUUGAAGCAUAGCUACAAUGAGAUGAAAAUCUUGCUUCAUGCCCUUUGUCAUUCUAAACAAUGCCAACGGUUUGGAAAGUCAUGAAAUUCAUGGGUUAUAUCUCGCGUGCCUCUCUAUCCAUUCUGCUAGGAGUUGUUUAAUUAUAUUUUGUUUUCCGUUCCAUCUGGCAUAUUUGUUUUUUUAAGCAGUCAUGGGAUAGCAAUAAUCAUGAUAUCAAACUAACAAGAAAAGUAAAAGGAGAACGAAUCAAAUACGAUGUAGAAGAUUACGAUGGUAGCCUGUACAUCUAAUUCUUCGACCGUAUUCGAAAAAUAUAAGCUCCCUUGCAAGUUGUACAAUCACCUACAAACAUAUGAACUGGUGCGCCUCAGUUCC